AUGUCGGGGAGAAGACGCCGGCCGCACCCCUGCCUCCCGCCGGGGGCAGACGCGACCUCCGAGGCCGAGGCCGAGGCCGGGGGAGCCUGCCACCCCGGGGAAGGAGCCGCAGCGUGGGCUUCGGGGCAUGGAGUGUGGGGGACCCCCGCGGGUUCCUGGGAUGAAGCGGCUCGCGUCUCGGUGGUUCCCGGUACCUGCGCUUCGGGAAGAGCCGGCCUGAGGCCCGGGGAGAAGGCGCUGCAGCGGGCCGCCACGCCGCCACGCCGCCACGCCCCCACGCCCCCACGCCGCCACGCCGCCACGCCCCCACGCCGCCACGCCCCCACGCCGCCACGCCCCCACGCCGCCACGCCCCCGCGCCGCCACGCCCCCACGCCCCCGCGCCCCCACGCCGCCACGCCCCCACGCCCCCACGCCGCCAGGCCGCCACGCCGCCACGCCCCCACGCCCCCACGCCGCCAGGCCGCCACGCCGCCAGGCCGCCACGCCCCCACGCCGCCACGCCGCCACGCCCCCACGCCGCCGCCUUCUCCUCGGGGAAGAGGACAGGAGCGGCCUCCGGAGCGCGGCGUGCCCGCCCAGGGGUCGGGAGUGCCCGUCGCACAGCUCCACGCGGGCUGCGGCUCUCGUUCCGGGAGGACGGACCUGGAGAGAGCGAGGGGCGAGCGGGACCCCCCCCCCACUCCGCGGGCCGCGUCUCGCCGAGCCGCCCCACGCCCCCUGGCCCGCGCCGCACCCCUUCGCCCACUCGCCGCCCCGCCCCUCUGGCCGUCCCGGGGCGGGGUGGGUGCCAUCGCGCUUCCUGGCCGCGGCCCCCGGCCCCGUGCGGCCUCCUCCUCGCCGGGGCUCGUGGUGCCGGACCUCGCCGAACGCGGACGCCGUGUGCGGCACGCGCGGCGGCUCCGGGAGGAGGCCCGCGCCCCACGACGCAGCCGGGUGACCCCACGGCGCAGCCGGGUGACCCCACGACGCAGCCGGGUGACCCCACGGCGCAGCCGGGUGACCCCACGGCGCAGCCGGGUGACCCCACGGCGCAGCCGGGUGACCCCACGGCGCAGCCGGGUGACCCCACGACGCAGCCGGGUGACCCCACGGCGCAGCCGGGUGACCCCACGACGCAGCCGGGUGACCCCACGGCGCCUCCGGGUGACCCCACGGCGCAGCCGGGUGACCCCACGGCGCAGCCGGGUGACCCCACGGCGCAGCCGGGUGACCCCACGGCGCAGCCGGGUGACCCCACGCGCAGCACGGAGCGCCCGUGCCCCCCUCGGAAAGCAGGCGCGACGGGGCGGAGGCCCCUGCACGCGGCCCGGUGGGCUCCGGGUGGGGCCCUCGCGGGGGCUCUUCCGGGUGGGGGAGGCGGGCAGCGCAGGCCCCGUGCUGACCUCACGUCGGGAGCCCCGGGGAGCGCCACUGACGCUGCUGGUCCCUGAAGAGAGGGAGUUCUCCGCGCCGCGCUGCCUGCUGCCCGGUGACCCCAGCCGACUGCCUGGCCGCCUGUCCACACCUGGCUGGCCUCCCGUCCACACCUGGCUGACUGCCUGUCCACACCUGGCUGACUGCCUGUCCACACCUGGCUGGCCUCCCGUCCACACCUGGCUGACUGCCUGUCCACACCUGGCUGGCCGCCUGUCCACACCUGGCUGGCCGCCUGUCCACACCUGGCUGACUGCCUGUCCACACCUGGCUGGCCGCCUGUCCACACCUGGCUGA